GUUUGUACUUUUUCAACAACAAAAAAAAUCUAACUGUCAUCAAGCCCGGAAGAAUAACACCAACAAAUAUCUGCGCGUCGAUUCUACGUCAUCAAACCGCGCCUGAACACCCGCCAUUUUUUAAAUCUAAGGGCAGCAUUUAUUUAUUUUUAUUUUUUUGUAAUCGAGCAUGAUGUCGAAGCGAGCUAAACACGCCAACUGCUCUGUUGUGGGCUGUAGAGAGCAGCACGUCUCAUUACACCGACCCCCAGCUUCAGAGCCCAGGAGAGCGGAGUGGAUUAAUUUCAUUUUUAAUGACAGUGUCCCAGCUACAGUCAGUAAAAACCUGUUCGUGUGCGCUCAACACUUUGUGUCCGACUGUUUUUCUAACCUGGGCCAGUACAAUGCAGGACUGGCGACCAAACUGUAUCUCAAAGACGGAUCUAUACCGACUAUCCGGGUCACAACUGAACACCAGGGGAAUGUGUCUCCUGGCAAGGGAAAUGCACCUACUCCAGUCUCAGCACGUUCUGAGGUGGAAAAGAGCUCGUGGCCUCAAGCAUUCAAGAGCCUUCAGACUCUUCAAGGAUCUGACAUUUUUAGGAGCAGUGAGGUAAUGGUGAGCACACAGUGUUUGCUGGAGCUCUUCCAGUUCUGCUGGCUUUGUCACAAAGAGUGCUGUAUUAUUACCAUUGAGGGCAAUGAGAAGCUGUUUACGGUCACACAGGACUGCCAGAGUUGUAGCUACCACAGAGAUUGGAGGAGUCACCCUCUGUCAGCUGAACCUACACAGGCCUUUCGUGAUGAGGAAGAACAUGCAGUGAAGCUUGAAGAUGAUGAUCAUGAUGAUGAGAUUGUGGUUCAGAUUGUGUCAUCAGAUAACGAGUGCAGUGAGCAGGUGUUUAUCGAAAAGGAUGGGUCCUAUUUAUCGAGUGAUGAUGAUGAAGCAAGCCUGCAGGAAAAGAAAAAGAAAAGAAAGAGGAAGUCUAAUAGUUCAGAUGAGUGGGAACCAUGUUUAGAUGAAGAGGCCACAGACUCUGAUGUGUCCAUGGAUGAAGACCUGUUCACAGCUUUAAAGGAGGAUGGUCAGGGUAAACUUGUGAUGUGGUGUACACAGUGUGCGACUGAGGCCUCGCUCUCCUGUUCUGUCCUUCGUCACAAAAAAGUGUUCUGCUGUGCUCAGUGCAGUAUAGGUGACAGUGUUCAAACACAUAAUUGUGAAACCCUGCCUGUUCAGUUUGAUGAUGUUGCCAGUUUUCAGAUGCAUGUUGAAAAGGAGCACGGAGCCAAACCUUUCAAUAUGCUGUGUCAAGAUUGUGGCAAGUUUGUUAGAGCAGAUCCUGAAUCCGGAGAUUUCAAAGAACAUGAAUGUGAACACAAGUCUAAAUUUAUUGUCUGUCCAGAGUGUGGGAAAAGGUUCCUCACGGAGGUUGGCUUAAAGACACACUACAAUCAGCUCCAUUCAGAUUAUGAUCAUCCGUGUAAAUACUGUCUGAAGGUCUUCAAAACCAAGUCUGCAAAACUGGAACAUGAGCAGACUCAUCCUAAAGAAAAUCAACCAUACAGCUGUCCAGAUUGUUCACAGAAGUUUAGCAAGAUUCACAAACGCAAUAAACAUGUCAAGUCCCACCGAGGUCCACAUAAAUGUGUGUGUGAUGUCUGUAAGAAAGGCUUUAAGGACAUCAUCAAGUUAAAACGUCAUAAGCUCGUCCACUCUGGAGAAAAGCCUUUCAAAUGCCAAGUGUGUGAGCGUUCCUUUAACCAAAUGGAAAACCUCACUUCCCACAUGCGUGUCCACACUGGAGAGAAACCUUUCUUGUGUGAGCGAUGCGGAGAGUCAUUCAGUCACAACGUCAGCCUGAAGAACCACAAGCAACGACACCAUGACUCGAGUUUGACUCAGGGGAAAGAAGUGCUAUAGUGUGAAGAAUAAGGUGGCUUAUUACUGUGAUGGGGGUUCCAUAGUCAAGCUUUGAUUGCCUUAAUAUAGGUACACACAUUGGAUCAGGUGGCAGUGGGGCAACAAUGCAGUGUUUUUCACUUAACUUUUAACUUCUCUGUGACUUUGGUGCAGGCUCUAAACAGGAACAAUAUCUCUCCAAUAAAAUCCCAAAGACACUGAA